GAGACAUACGACUCUUCCAAACAAAGGAAUGAGAGAAACUCCGACUGUCACAGCUAUACAUACAAAGCUGACAUGUGCUUUUCUACAGAUACAAUAUUAUAAUGUAUUGUGAAGCUAGAAAGAGAAACUACUACUAUUACAACAAUAAAGAGAGAAGAAGAAACCCCAUUACUCUCUCUCUGCUACUUCUUUAUUCUUUCAAUAAAUUUAAGCACAUCUUCUUUUUGGUCACCCAUUAUUUUGCUACAGACCUAAAGAAAGAGAAAGAUAGUGAGUAGUAUUGUAGAUAGAUAGAUAGAUAGAGAGAUAGAUAGAGAGAGAGAGAGAGAGAGAGAGAGAGAGAGAGAGAGGAACUACUACCCGCCUGAUAUUGUAGUAUUGUUUUGUUAGUUGCCCAUUAAGUAGAGUCAUGUAGAAGCUUCAAGUGCCAGCUGAUAAUUUACCAGAUCUCUCAACAACUACUCUGACAUGGGAACUCUGGCGCCUGAAUCUGAGGUCAUAUGCUCAGAAAAAUACUUAGCAUUGGGGCUGAAGGUAUCUGGCAAGCAAAAAUCAGGAAAACCCAGAGUUCUAUCGCUUCUUUCAACACUUCUUGAGAGAUCUGUUCAAAAAACCGAAAGCUUAUUAGAAAGUACUCAAAGAAAAGAUGUGAUUACAAUAUUUCAUGGAUCAAGAGCCCCCUCGCUGGGUAUCGAACAAUACUUGGAUCGCAUUUUUAAGUAUUCGUGUUGCAGCCCUUCAUGCUUUGUGGUUGCGCACAUUUACAUGGAGCGAUUCAUUGAACGCACUAGUGCUCAUUUAACUUCCCUCAAUGUUCACCGACUACUAAUCACAAGUGUGAUGGUGGCAGCAAAAUUCAUUGAUGAUGCAUUCUAUAACAAUGCAUACUAUGCAAGAGUAGGUGGUGUAACCACAAAAGAGUUGAAUAAGUUGGAGAUGAAAUUUUUGUUUGGACUGGAUUUCCGACUUCAUGUAAAUGUCAAGACAUUUGGAAGCUAUUGCUCGCUCCUGGAGAAAGAAGGCACUCUAGGCCUCCCAAUCGAGCAUUCAAUCCAGGCAUGUAGAAUCACCGAGAGCUGGUCAAACAAAGACGAUUCCACCUGUGCACAAAUUGCAAGAUGACAAUUUGCAAUGUUGAAGAUUUAUCACAAAGCUGAAAGAUUCUUUCGGACGUGCAAGAAACUAAAAGAUGGGUUUGUACUAUAUUGUUGUAGAAAAUAGUCGUAGUAGUUUGUUAUACUCUAUUGUUUUACCCAUUUUUCCCUUGUGCAGGUGUUCUUUAAUGUAUUAGUGUACCACCUAGGAACCCCUGGCUCCCCCCCCCCCCCGUAUUUGUUACCAGUAUCAUUCUUUUUCAGGUUCUGUGAAAUUUCCCACGGAUGUUGAUUCCUAAAGAGUUCGUAUAGAUUGAGAGACAUGCUUUACAGUAUAAGUUUCUUAGUGUUUUUAGACAUCAUUUUGUACAACCAAGUCAAGUUAGACAUCUGUACCCAGUAGAGUUUUGUUUACAUUAAUGCACCUAUUGUAGCAAUCUUUAACUUAUAAGUAGUUUUUUUUUGGGGGGGUGA